AUGAGCUUUCCAACAGCUACCGCGACGUAUCACCAUGAGCCCACCCCGGCAGUCGACCCAACACAGGAGCACCUCUCAGUAGCAGGCAAGACCGUCCUAGUCACCGGCGGUGGAACGACAAUUGGAGCAGCCACCGUCGAAGCCUUUGCAAAGGCCAAAGCGGACCACAUCUUCCUCAUCGGAAGACGUCUGAAUCUCCUCAAGGAAGUCGAACAAAGGACUGACCUGUCGAAAGAAGAUCAAGUCAAGGAUCUCUUCCGGCAAAUCAACAAAGUCAGCUUUCUCGACAUUCUAGUAGCCAACGCUGGAUACCUGCCGACGCCUGGACCCCUUGCUUCCAGCGAAACGAGCGAGUGGUGGAAAGGAUACGAGAUCAACGCCCUUGGUACCUAUCUUCUAGCAAAGUAUUUCCUUAACCAAUCCCAGCCGGUGCGAGGAAAGCCCGUCUUCAUCGGCGUCAACACCGGCGCGGCUCACAUGGGUCCGGCCGCCGGUCCCAUGAGCGGCUACGUCUCCUCCAAGCUGGCCACUGCUUCGGUAGUGGAGUUUCUCCAGGCUGAGAAUCCGAACAUCAAGGCGUUUAACGUGAGUCCUGGAAUCGUGAAGAGCGAAAUGGCUGACAAGGCCAAUUUGAUGCCGCCUCAGGAUUCUCCGGAGCUCAUGGCCAACAUGGCGGUUUGGCUGGCGGGUCCCGAAUCGGACUUUCUCAGUGGACGUUUUCUUUGGGCGAACUGGGAUGUGGAAGAGCUGGUUGCUGCGAAGGACAAGAUUGAGGCAAAUCCGGGGGCGUUGCAUCUCACUUUGGAGGGUUGGUGGAGCAACUUUGCGUCCCUCAAGUGA